AUGGCCGGGUUCGAGGCAACGUUCCCGGCAGGAACAACAUUAACCACCGCAACAACUCGAAACCAAUCAGAAAUCUCCAAAGAAAUCCUUGACAAAGUCUUAACUACAACCACUGCUUCGUUGUCGAUUGUCGGAACGCUUGUUAUUAUGAUUACAUUCGUGCUGUGGCCAGACAUAAGAACGAACUCACGCAAAAUCAUCGUGUGUAUAUCAAUCGGAGAUUUUUUCGUUGCGUGCUCAAACAUUUUAGGUGUAUGGGAAAGAGAAAUGGAUCAUUGGAAAAGUUCGUGCGAAAUACAAGCAACGAUUGGCAUGGUAGCGGUUCUUUCCACCUUCUUUUGGACAGUUUAUUUGUCGGUAUAUUUUUAUCUGGUUAUCAGCAAGAAAAUAUCCGUAGACUCAGAAAGGCGAAUAAUGCUGUGGUUUCACUUCACUGGCUGGGGAAUUCCUUUGGCGAUAACAGCAAUCGCUAAAGAAAAUAGGGCCACUGGAUAUUCAGGGGAUUUAGUCUCCUCGGGAUGGUGUUGGAUUAGUUCUGAUCAGCCCUGGUGGAAAAUGCUUCUGUGGAUGGUCAUUGCUGGAAAGGGAUGGGAGAUCUUGGCGUACAUUAGCAUCUCUGUGUUCUAUGUGUUGAUCAAGUUGUCUAUAAGGCGAGAGGUACAGUAACAGACGGUAGUAGUUUCAGCUAUUUGCUUCGCUAGGGUAGUUUAAGGUCACCUAACGUACGUCUACUUAUACUGUCAAACUGGUCUAAACUGUAAUUUCUCAUUCUUUAUUCUCUUCGAGCGGAGACCCUUCAAUAUUCCUUGACUUAUCGUGGGGGGAGAACUGAAGGGACUCUGCUGGAAAGGUACUUCUUGUCAAUUAAUUUUCCUUGAAACAAUCACCCCAGUUUAUUCUUGUCACGUUUCACAGUGUUCGUGACUAAAAUCAGCUAAACAACAAAUACCGUAUUUAAAUAAUAAAUGAAAUGAUAUGUGUGGAGAGAAGAACCCGGAAAAAAUUCUGAGUUGCAGAUGGGAACUCAGAAAGUUCCAGAUGGGAAUUUCCUCGAAUAAUAGCCGUCCCUCGAUAAAUCGAGGGACGGCUAUUAUUCGAAUAAAUUUUUUUUUUCGUCUGUCAAAUGCUUGAAAGACGAAAUUAGCAGUUAGCUUGCUGACAUGUGAAUCAGUAUUGUCAAAAAGUUAACAGACCUUAUCAUGGAUAUUGUAAUUUGUAAAUAAUGUAUUUCGGUCGUUGAUUUUAAUAAAAAGAGUCUUCCUCAAAUCAUUAUAUAGAUUACAGUGAAACAAUAUGUGCAUUUCAUUUUCAACUGAAUUUAGGCUGCAGUGAUGACAGAUUCUAAGGUCUUCAGGAGUUUUGGGAAUUGUAAAUCUUCCAGUUUCUAUUUUUAUAUUACGAUUUCCUAUAUCCUGUAUAUCCUAAAUUUGGAAGCCACACGCCUAUGUUCAGGAUUCGGGAUAUGACUGAUGAAUUCAGAGUAAUUUGUUUCAUUUUUAAAGAUGGAAUAGGAUUUUAGUUUUUUAUUUGUUCUUAUCAAAUUUAGCUGGUGGGUUUUUAGAAGUUUUGACAAUUAUUUACAGCUUUGGAUAGGAAAGUAGAAGGGUUUUUAAAGUUAACUGAGUGUUUGUUAAUAUUAAGUUGUGUACACAAAAGAUUCAUUUUAUUUAUUACACCUGAUUUAUUUUCUUCGGCCAUUUUAUCCGAUAUGUUUAAGCAGAGUUUAGCGAUGCUGUCAGGGGGUUGAUUUUCAAGGUGAAUCCAAAACUUGAAAACUUGAAAAAACUAACUUGCCAGUGAUUCUGUUGGCACAAUUGUUGGCACUCCAAAUACCCGUUCCCCCCCCCCCCCCCCCCCCCCCCCCCCCCCCCCCGCACCCCCCCCCCCCCCCCCCCCACCCCCCCCCCUCCCCCCCUCUUACCGCCUUCCUGAACGAACCCCAACGACGCCGUGCGGGACGGCUACAGAGCAGGAGCGACCCCCCGACCCACACCACACUCACAGCUACGAACGACCGCAGAACCGACGGCCACCCGGAUUUUGGGCAUUUUUUCCGAUUUGUUUUAAGAGAGUUUGACGAUGCUGUCAGGGGGGUGAUUUUUAAGGGGAAACCAAAAAUUGAAAAAUUGAAAAAAACAACUUGCCAGUGAUUUUUUUGGGACAAUUUUUGGGCCCCCAAAAACCCCUUCCCCCCCCCCCCCCCCCCCCCACUCCUCGAGCACAAAUAUCACUUGCAGGGAAGAGUCUCUUCCAGGCUUUCAGAUUGUAGGGAUGGCGCAAACAGGACCAAACAGGGGUGGUGGACAGGAAAAUAGUGACUUCGCGCCACACAUCCCUAUCUGAGCGUCUGAAACAGGCUAAAGAUGAAUCGCCGUAUCGCAGGUUACCGUAAGCAAUGAUAGACUAGCUUUCUAACAUGAAAUGUUCUUCUUUGAGAUACCUUUGAUCCACGAUGGAGUCACUGACCGCCAAUCUUCUUGUUCUUUUAGGUGACCAAGGGAUUUGCCACAAGAAGUUUGUUUUUAACAAUGGAAUCUGUUGAGGUGUUGAAGAAGGCGGAUCGAAAGUUAACAUUCAUUCCUGUGCUGUUCAUAUUACUGCGCAUGUGGGGAACCAUAAGAUUUUUCCGUUUCCUGGCCUGUUUGCCAGACUGUCACCACUCAGGACCACAACCUGCCUACAGAUGGCUUGAAAUUCUUCACGUGAGUAUGCAGCCCCUUGAAAUGCAGAAGAUUGUCUUAGAAAACUCUUCCGUAUUUACUUGUGUGUCGCCCUCAACCUCUCCGGUCUCAAGCGCCAAAAAUGAAGGUUAUGUUCACGCUAUACUGGAUAGCUUUUCUUGCCAACGCGAAAAGCUAUUCGGUAUAACAUGAACAGCAACGGCACAGAACUGGAACAAGCUAGCCGGUUCACAGCCUCUUUCCCAGUCGUCCUGUGACGUCACCCGUCAAGCUUGUCGGGAAAAUUCGCCUAGGUUAUCGCGCUCGGUUCCAAACCUCCUCUUGUAACUCGGAUAGCGCGAACUGGCCUGGGUACGAGGCUGAGUCGUUCAUACACACACACACACAUCGAACAUCGUGCCGGAGCGGUUGGACGAGAGGGUUUGGUGAACUAAAUCCCAGUCCUCAUUGCCGAAAAUUCACUUCCGUCUUAUUGGAUUCCGCUCCUUUUUCUACUUUAUUCACUUCCGCUACGGUUCGACUAUACCUGUGGCACACUACAUCAAAGUGUAGUACAGAACGUACGCGAUAUAUGAAGCUCUGAUUCACUUUCGAGAUCGGAAGCUCAGCUUCGCUCCGUUAUGGUAUGAUUUUCGUGCCGGCGCAAAAGCUAUCCAGUAUAGCGUUAACAUGGCCUUUAAUGAGGACCUACUAUAAAAAGUUCCUCUAGUCUUUUCCAGGUGUUCAGAUAAUGGGGAAGACGCAAUGAAGUGAGCAGAAAGAAAGGGUGACUAGAACCACAUAUAUAUAGCAUCCGCUCCCCAUUUUGCGCCAUUCUCCGCUACCUUUAUGCCUUGAACAGUCUUCCACGUUUUCUCUUGUGUAGCCCCAUGCCUUUAGAGAGAUUAAGAUUCACGUUUACGGCACACGGCAAACGGCAAACGUCAGUUGAGAAUUUCUCAAAAUAGAAAAUAAGCAGAUAAAAACAGUCCAGAACGAUUCUUUUGGAUAAAACUGGCAUAAAACUACUUAUUUUUGUGUAGAAGCAAUAAACAGUAAACCAAAAAUAAGGGGAAAACUUGGUCACGUGGUACAAAUUCACGUUUGCCGUUUGGCGUAAACGUGAAUCUUAAUCUCUCUUUUGUUUAAGAACUCUCCGCAGUGUUGUGACCUAGCUACGUAGCUUGGAAAACACAUGAUCACUAGUUUUUAUUAACUACCAACUUUAUGUACUUUCAGGGUAUUGGAGACUCCAGCCAAGGCUUUAUAAAUUUCGUUUUGUUUUGCCUGUUCACUGAGAAGAUAAGAGAGAAAUUUAGAGUUUGUGACCAGCACCCAGCAGUUUGUCGCCGCAGUCUGGAGACGUCAAACUCAUUGCUUAAAAGUACAAAUUACGGUGCGAUAGCCUGA